AUGAGAGACCGGAGUGAGUCUAACGUGAGAGACCAGAGUGAGUCCGACGUGAGAGACCAGAGUGAGUCCGACGUGAGAGACCAGAGUGAGUCGGAGGGAGUCGACGUGAGAGACCAGAGUGAGUCGGAUGAGUCCGACGUGAGAGACCGGAGUGAGUCUAACGUGAGAGACCAGAGUGAGUCCGACAUGAGAGACCAGAGUGAGUCUGAAAUGAGAGACCUGAGUGAGUCGGACAUGAGAGACCAGAGUGAGUCCGACGUGAGAGAGCAGAGUGACUCCGACAUGAGAGACCGGAGUGAGUCCGACGUGAGAGACCAGAGUGAGUCCGACGAGAGAGACCAGAGUGAGUCCGACGUGAGAGACCGGAGUGAGUCGGAGUGA